AUGACUAAUACGAGUAGUAGUGACAUAACAACCGACAGUCGUAACCCUAGUAAUGGGAACGGCGGCGGUGUAGGGGGUGACCUAACACCACCGCUACCCCCUUCAUCACCACCGCACACACCGGUGCUAAUCAUACAACAUUCACAUUCAUUGGACUCGCUAUCAUCGCCACAGACAACACCGGCGGACACAUCGUCCGAAGGGGACGACUACUCGCUAAGUUCGGAGCCAACAAACACGAGCACCAGUACGGCCACCGGUGGCGCCGACAGUCUGGACAGGCGCUCGCCCGACUACCAGCGCCGCAAACAACAACAAAAACUGUUUUUCAUCGCACGUGAGCUGUACUCGAGUGAAGAGGUGUUCAUCGAUGUCCUACAUUUGUUGAACACCGACUUCCGGGCGGCGGUUGAGCCCCAUAUACCCGAUGAGGUGCUCCAAUCCAUACUGAAAUUGUUGCCACAAUUACUACAAAUUAAUGAACAACUGGUCAAAGAUCUCAAGUCAAGGAUAGACGACUGGCCUAACCAUCAGCGCAUAUCCGAUGUUUUAGUCAAGAUAUGCCCGUUUCUCAAACAAUACUCGCUAUACAUACGGGACUUCGAGCACAUAUCGGCCGCGUAUGACGAGUGCCAGCGACGGUACCCGGCGUUCGCCGCAGCCGUCAAAGAGUUUGAGUCGACCGCCCGGUGCCAGAAGUUAUCGGUCAAACACUAUAUGCUAAAACCAGUACAACGGCUGCCACAGUAUAGGCUACUAUUGCAGGACUACUUAUCGCACUUGGCGCCCGACUCGCCCGACUACGAAGACACGUGCCGUGCGCUGACCAUUGUGUCACAAGUGGCCGAACACGCAAACAACUCGAUGAAAAAUAAUGAAAAUAUUAGCAAAUUGCUCAGCAUACAGAAUAGUAUUAUUGGCGGCACCGAGGUGAUUCGACCCGGCAGGGUGUUCGUCAAAGAGGGUGAACUCAUGAAACUGUCCCGCAAAGGCAUGCAGGACAGGUGGUUCAUAUUGUUCAACGACUGUCUGAUGUACUUAACGGCUGUGCAAAACGGUGUGUAUCGCGUGAACCAUGAGCUAAGUUUGACGGGAAUGCGUGUUUCACUGCCCGCACAACAGGACUUUCAAAAUGAAUUCUCAGUCAUAUCUCACACCCGAUCCUUCUCACUGGCGGCCCGGUAUGUGUCAGAGCGAGAG